AGAGUAGAGAAGAACAGAGUAGAACAGAGGAGAGAGCAGAGCAGGGAGAGGACUCUGAAAGUUUAGCCAACUGCCGUUUGGUUGACAACACAAUCCAGGUUAUAAAGAUAUAAACAGUCAUAGAGAUUAUAAACAAUCAUAUUAUUUAAGAGAUGAUUUAUUUGAAGGGACACACUCUUCUUGUUGGGAUUCUGGUUGUUUUAACAGGUAAGUAAAAACUUUUUGUCAUGCUUUAUCUAUUCCUUUUGUAAUUUCCCAGGUUUGCUGAUGUGUGUUACUUGUAAUUUUUAUUGAUCAGAAACACUUUUUAAAUGAAUCACUUGUUAUUCAACCCAAACUGAAUAAACAUAUCAACAUUGCAGAGUCAGUUUUGAGUCAGUCUUAAGUUAAACCAGAGAGGGCAUGAUUGACAGGUGCAAGUGCAGAGUCCCUCCUUCCAUCUAUAGCUGUGUGUAAAUCUGAGCAUGUCUGUUUUUUGCAACCAGAAUGCAGAGCAUGUUUUGAAGUGAGUUACAAAGUCACUUAAAUGUAUAACACUUUGUAGAUAUAUAUGAUAUGGCAUUGAUCUCCAUACGUAAACUUUCAAUGGUAGAAGAGGGUGUAGUCAGUUAGUGGCUGUAACUUCUGUUCGUGUGCUUUUGCAAAACGGAAAUGAGAUGCCUGCUUCUUGAAGAUAGGCCUACUUCCCAGAAAUAAAAUCUCAAGUGGAUACGAGCACUCUUCAUUUCCUGAAAUCUUCUCCAGUACACACAUCUAGAAGUCAGCCAGUAGAAGGUUAAAGGCAGUAUGUGUCCCAGUGUCAUAGUGUGGGUUUGGUGUUGGACUUAUUGAAGAGUUUAACUGUACAAGAGUCUGAAUACUAUUUUUAUGACAUAGUUAUCGUCAGCAUCUAUUUUAAUGAUUCAUGAGUUAUAUAAUGUGUGAUAAUGAGGUAUAUAAUGUGUGAUAAUGAGGUAUAUAAUGUGUGAUAAUGAGGUAUAUAACGUGUGAUAAUGAGGUAUAUAAUGUGUGAUAAUGAGGUAUAUAAUGUGUGAUAAUAAGGUAUAUAAUGUGUGAUAAUGAGGUAUAUAAUGUGUGAUAAUGAGGUAUAUAAUGUGUGAUAAUGAGGUAUAUAAUGUGUGAUAAUGAGGUAUAUAAUGUGUGAUAAUAAGGUAUAUAAUGUGUGAUAAUAAGGUAUAUAAUGUGUGAUAAUGAGGUAUAUAAUGUGUGAUAAUGAGGUAUAUAAUGUGUGAUAAUAAGGUAUAUAAUGUGUGAUAAUAUCAACUUCCUAGUCUAUAAACCUUGUGAUAAUUCAGAACACCUCUUAACUAACAGCAUGGUCUCUAAAAAUAGGAAUGGCCAUGGUGGAUCAUCUUUCCCAGCCUGAUAAAUGCUUGGUGGAUGUGUCAUGAAUUCCCGCUGGUCCCCUUUGACUCAGCUGCUGUUUGCAUAGUUGCUUUAGCCCCAUCAGCGCUAAGCCGACACUACAACAAGUAGGCUUAAAGUAUGCCUACUUACUUUAGAGAACUUAUAAAGUAUGGUCAUUCACUUAAGAUAAUGAAGUUAUAUUUAGAGAUAAUGAAUGUACAUGUGUUUAUACAUGGUUGGAUACAACAUGGUUGAAACUGUAGUAUAGUGGACUCUCAUGAGUUCCCCAUGUGCUUUUCUCAGAUAGCAAAUAUAUAUUUGAGUGUGUGCGUGUGGUGUGUGUGUGUGUGUGUGUGUGUGUGUGUGUGUGUGUGUGUGUGUGUGUGUGUGUGUGUGUGUGUGUGUGUGUGUGUGUGUGUGUGUGUGUGUGUGUACACAUUAGAUACAGCCUUGACUAUUCAUCUUUGGUGUGUGUGUGUUCCAUGCAGGUUCAGCCAGGUGUUCAGAAGAUGAGACUCGUCUGGUUAAAACCCUGUUCACCGGCUAUAACAAGGUGGUCCGCCCUGUCAAUCACUUCAAAGAUCCAGUGGUGGUGACUGUAGGCUUGCAGCUCAUCCAGCUCAUUAGUGUGGUGAGGAAUACAUGACUAGUUAGGACUGGAUCUUCUUCUUCUUCUUCUUCUUCUUCUUAUGCAAUGUCUCUUCCCUUGUCUUUGCCAGGAUGAAGUCAAUCAAAUUGUGACCAGCAAUGUGCGGCUGAAACAGGUAUGGUUUCUUACUGACCUACAUGUGUUGUUCUUCUCAAUGUAGUUGAGUUUUUGUUCUUCAAUUUAAACCACACUUUUUUUGUGGUUCUGUUGUAUUCAGAUAUGGGAGGUUCUGUUGUAUUCAGAUAUGUGAGGACGUGAAUCUGAAGGUUCUGUUGUAUUUAGAUAUGGGAGGUUCUGUUGUAUUCAGAUAUGUGAGGACGUGAAUCUGAAGGUUCUGUUGUAUUUAGAUAUGGGAGGUUCUGUUGUAUUCAGAUAUGGGAGGUUCUGUUGUAUUCAGAUAUGGGAGGUUCUGUUGUAUUUAGAUAUGGGAGGUUCUGUUGUAUUCAGAUAUGGGAGGUUCUGUUGUAUUCAGAUAUGGGAGGACGUGAAUCUGAAGUGGAACCCUGAUGAUUAUAAUGGAAUUAAGAAGAUCAGAAUCCCUUCCACAGACAUCUGGCGUCCUGACCUCGUGCUCUAUAACAAGUAAGGACAAGUCCAUGCUUUUACCUUGACCAAUAUACAGUAUUCAUUGACUUGAUAAGGCCUAUUAGAUAUGACCUUUUCAGAAGUUAGUCUAUUCCUGAAGUGCAGACAGUGAUAGAGAUCAUAGGGGAUUACAUUUAAAGGCCCAGUGCAGUCAAAACAUGAUUUUUCUUUUAUAUAUAUGGAAAAUCAUGUUUUGACUGCAAUGGGCCUACAAGCAGAAAUUUCAGGCGGUCUUUUCAAACAACUCUUACACUAAAAGUGCAUUAUCAUAAUGUUCACAAUUUCACAGUAUAAUUGCAAUCUCAUAGUGUGAAAUUGUGAACAUUAUUAUAAUGCACAUUUAGUGUAAAAGUUAUUUGAAAAGACCACCUGAAAUUUCUGCUUGUUCUGGUGGGGUGGAGUUUUGGCCUGCCUGUUGACAUCACAUCUCUGCCAAUAACAGCUAGUUCAAUAUCCCCCUCCCAUUCAGAACACUCUCAAACAGUCCAAGCUAAACUGUUGCUUGAGAAAUUGCUCUUGCUAAGAAGCUAUUUUUGUUUCUUUUUGACCAUUUUAAUUGAAAACAAUCACAAUAAUGUACUUAAUUGAUACCAAUGAAUUAUUUGAUAUUGAGAUAAAAACGGCUGUAUUUGGCCUUUAAUAUCCUAAAAAGGGGACCUGCGUGGUUCAGGUACCGGUUUCCCGACCGACAUUUCCGCUUAUAAAUCUAUCUGUGGAUACCGUAGAUCGAAGUGGCUCGCAUUGAGUGAUAGCCCUGGUUGCCACGGACACAGUAGUAUUAAAAAAAAAAAAUCCUGUAUGAUGUAGGACGUGAAAUCUGAAACCACCUGAAGCUGGAAUUUCCCUUUUACCAUUUCAUUCAUUUUUCCGACUGUCCAUCAACUCCCGGCUGAACCCUACAUCACAGCCAAGGUCAAAGCACAUGCCUGCAAUCUUUACAUCGUAGCGCAAAAGAGGGUGGUUUCAUCAUGGUAGCACAUUCAGAGAUCGAUUUAUAGCCAUUAAUCUAAAAUAAUUCAUAGAUUUUAAACAAAAAACACUUUCUGUUUGUCAUAGAUGGACAAUAUUAACAUGAGAUAAAAGGCGAGUUCCUAACGAGUUCAGUAAGCUAAACUAGAGCUCUGUGAGAAGUUCACAGCGAUGGGGGCAGACGUUUUGACCAAGAAAAUAGGCACAUUUUCUCUAACACUAAACAAACAAAUAUGUAUUUUACAGUUAUAAGGAAGGUGAAAUAUUAUAAUUAGUCAUUUUGUAAUUUGAUUAUGCUAUAUUUAGAAAGCAUAUAAGUCAUUUCAAGCCUUAUUCAUACAGUUUUGUUGAAUAGGAAAUACAUCAUAUAAAAUGUUUUAUAUUUUUAUCAUAUUUGUACUGUGUACUGGAGCUUGUGUCCUCAAAAGUGACUACACCUCAGCAAUUUAUAACUAUUUUUACCAGAAGGGUGAGAUUUGAGCCUUUCUUUGAAUAUGCAGCAUUAAUACUUAUUGUUUCUGGCCCUCUCAUGAAAUAAUUACUUUUGGGGAUUACCUAGAUUACAUUUUUUGAUUACAAUUAGUUACAUUUAACUGGUUGCCUUUAAACUACCUCAGCUAUUGUUUAUCACCCCUGGAAUAGCAUUUUUGGCAUUCUCACCCCUGGUUAUCUAAUCAGGCUAAUACAAUUCCCCAUAGGAAUCUAUUGAUUCUGAUGCUAACGUGUCAAUUUAUCCCUGCAGUGCAGAUGGAGACUUUGGUUAGCUUAGCAGGCUAACGCAAGACCCCAUAGGAAUCCAUUGACUCCGAUGCUAACGUGUCAAUCCUCUCCACUUCCUGCAGUGCAGAUGGAGACUUUGCCAUCGUCCAUGAGACCAAGGUGCUGCUGGAGCACACAGGUAUGAUCACCUGGACCCCUCCGGCCAUCUUUAAGAGCUACUGUGAGAUCAUCGUGCUUCACUUCCCCUUCGACCUGCAGAACUGCAGUAUGAAGUUGGGGACAUGGACCUACGACGGCAACCUGGUAGUGGUCAACCCGGUAAGAAGUUUGAAAAGCAGUAUAUGCACAUCCAAAAAGCACAUCUGAAAAUGUUCCAGGUCCGGGGUGCAAAACAAUCCCAUGAAAAGGAGUUGAAAUAGAAACAAUCCCAUAAAAGGAGUUGAAAUAGAAACAAUCCCAUGAAAAGGAGUCAAAAUAGAAACAAUCCCAUGAAAAUGAGUUGAAAUAGAAACAAUCCCAUGAAAAGGAGCUGAAAUAGAAACAAUCCCAUGAAAAGGAGCUGAAAUAGAAACAAUCCCAUGAAAAGGAGCUGAAAUAGAAACAAUCCCAUGAAAAGGAGCUGAAAUAGAAACAAUCCCAUGAAAAGGAGCUGAAAUAGAAACAAUCCCAUGAAAAGGAGUCAAAAUAGAAACAAUCCCAUUAAAAGGAGUUGAAAUAGAAACAAUCCCAUGAAAAGGAGUCAAAAUAGAAACAAUCCCAUGACAGGGAGUCGAAAUAAUAAUAAUAAUAAUAUGCCAUUUAGCAGACGCUUUCAUCCAAAGUGACUUACAGUCAUGUGUGCAUACAUUUUUACGUAUGGGUGGUCCCGGGGAUCGAACCCAUUACCCUGGCGUUACAAGCGCCAUGCUCUACCAAUUGAGCUACAGAGGACCACAGUUGAAAUAGAAACAAUCCCAUGAAAAGGAAUAGAAAUAGCCGCACCCUUUUAACCAGCCUCUCCAACAUAACGUGUGUUUGUGUAUAUGAGUGUGUGUAUGUCGGAGGGGUUGGGGAAAAAAUAACUGUCAUCCCAUAUGGACUAAUACAGUUUAUCUUAAUUGAACCAGUAAAGUAGUGACCCUAGCCCUGUACCCGUCCCCUGUCCCCCUUCUAGGACAACGACCGGCCUGACCUGAGUAACUUCAUGGAGAGUGGUGAGUGGGUCAUGAAGGACUAUAGGAGCUGGAAACACUGGGUGUACUACGCCUGCUGCCCUGACACGCCCUACCUGGAUAUCACCUACCACUUCCUGAUGCUGAGGCUGCCUCUCUACUUCAUCGUCAACGUCAUCAUCCCCUGCAUGCUGUUCUCCUUCCUGACUGGACUGGUCUUCUACCUCCCCACUGACUCCGGUAGGUAUGCUGUUCUCCUUCCUGACUGGACUGGUCUUCUACCUCCUGACUGACUCUGGUAGAGAUUCUGUUCUCCUUCCUGACUGGACUGGUCUUCUACCUCCUGACUGACUCUGGUAGGCCCGCUGUUUUCCUUCCUGACUGGACUGGUCUUCUACCUACUGACUGGUAGGCAUGAUAUUUUCCUUCCUGACUGGACUGGUCUUCUACCUACUGACUAACUCUGGUAGGCAUGAUGUUCCCCUUCCUGACUGGACUGUCUUCUACCUCCUGACUGACUGGUAGAGAUUAUGUUCUCCUUCCUGACUGGACUGGUCUUCUACCUCCCCACUGACUCUGGUAGGGAUGCUGUUCUCCUUCCUGACUGGACUGGUCUUCUACCUACUGACUGGUAGGCAUGAUAUUCUCCUUCCUGACUGGACUGGUCUUCUACCUCCUGACUGACUCUGGUAGGGAUGCUGUUCUCCUUCCUGACUAGACUGGUCUUCUACCUCCUGACUGGUAGGGAUGCUGUUCUCCUUCCUGACUGGACUGGUCUUCUACCAUGAUCUCGCUAUCAUGGUUGACAACUCCGUUGUGUCCUCCUCCCAGAGUGCAAAGAGCCUUGGCGUGACCCUGGACAACACCCUGUCGUUCUCCGUUAAGAUCAAGGCGGUGACCCGAUCCUGUAGGUUCAUGCUCUACAACAUUCGCAGAGUACGACCCUGCCUUACACAGGAAGCGGCACAGGUCCUAAUCCAGGCACUUGUCAUCUCCCGUCUGGAUUACUGCAACUUGCUUAUGGCUUGGCUCCUUGCCUGUGCCAUUAAACCCCUACAACUCAUCCAGAACGCCGCAGCCCGUCUGGUGUUCAACCUUCCCAAGUUCUCUCACGUCACCCCGCUCCUCCGCACACUCCACUGGCUUCCAGUUGAAGCUCGCAUCUGCUAUAAGACCAUGGUGCUUGCCUACGGAGCUGUGAGGGGAACGGCACCUCCGUACCUUCAGGCUCUGAUCAGUCCCUACACCCAAACGAGGGCAUUGCGAGGCAUUCUGUUCUCCUUCCUGACUGGACUGGUCUUCUACCUCCUGACUGGUAGGCAUGCUGUUCUCCUUCCUGACUGGACUGGUCUUCUACCUCUUGACUCUGGUAGGCCUGCUGAAAAUUCAAAUUCACAUAGAAUAAAAAAAAUCCCAACAUUUACAUAUAACAACUAUCCCUACAAGCCGUGAACCAACUCUCCUUGGGUCUGUUGAACGUUUACACAAAGGCAGUAAUAGUUUUUCAAUAGAUAGUCCUCGAGUGUUACCAGCUGUUUGAAUUGAUCAAAUGUGUAAAUGGUUUUAGAGUAGUUAUGCUGCAUUAUACAUCGUGUGGGUCUAAUCCUGAAUGCUGAUUGGUUAAAACCGCAUUCCAGCCGAUGUCUAUUCCACAAAUUGCCACCUGCUAAAUCUAUUACAUUAAAAUGCCUAUUUACUCUGUUCCAUCUGACUUUCCAAUCCACUCUCUCAUCAGCCCAGCCAGGCAAUUUAUACACGUGAUAUCCACUAUAAAAAGCAUCUAGACAUUAUCUCACAUUUCUUUUAGACUAACAUUUCGUUUUCAACAGCGGAGAUAUAUAUAAACCUUGCUGUCUGUCUCUCCAAAAUUUGCAACAUUGUUUCAACAUUCAAAUUCGAUCUCCUGCUGUCUCAUAGUUAUGAACAACAGUGUCCUGACGAGUGAGCACAUUUUCUAUGCCAGGAGAAAUCGCGCCUCAUUGGCUAAUUGUUAUAGAUGUAUCCAAAUAAAUGUCAACAGCUUAAGCAAAUGCAAAUGCAGCUACUUUGCUGUUAUUCUGGCUGCACUUUUUUAACGUGACUCUAAGUGAGCGGUAGUUGCCUGGCUGGCAAGCAAGGGAUAACAACAUUGCCAGCCAGUAUGGCAAUGGAACAUUUAGAACGAACGACUGGGUCCAUAGAUAUAGAACAAAAAGACUGAAGAAUGGGUCACGUCCAUAGAUACAGAACAAAAAGACUGAACGACUGGGUCACGUCCAUAGAUAUAGAACAUAAAGACUGAACGACUGGGUCACGUCCAUAGAUAUAGCACAAAAAGACUGAAGACUGGGUCCAUAGAUAUAGAACAUAAAGACUGAAGACAGGGUCCAUAGAUAUAGAACAUAAAGACUGAAGACUGGGUCACGUCCAUAGAUAUAGAACAUAAAGACUGAACGACUGGGUCACGUCCAUAGAUACAGAACAAAAAGGCUGAACGACUGGGUCGUGUCCAUAGAUACAGAACAAAAAGACUGAAGACUGGGUCACGUCCAUAGAUAUAGAACAUAAAGACUGAACGACUGGGUCGCGUCCAUAGAUACAGAACAUAAAGACUGAACGACUGGGUCACGUCCAUAGAUAUAGAACAUAAAGACUGAACGACUGGGUCGCGUCCAUAGAUAUAGAACAUAAAGACUGAAGACUGGGUCACGUCCAUAGAUAUAGAACAUAAAGACUGAAGACUGGGUCACGUCCAUAGAUAUAGAACAUAAAGACUGAACGACUGGGUCGCGUCCAUAGAUAUAGAACAUAAAGACUGAAGACUGGGUCACGUCCAUAGAUAUAGAACAUAAAGACUGAACGACUGGGUCACGUCCAUAGAUAUAGAACAUAAAGACUGAACGACUGGGUCACGUCCAUAGAUAUAGCACAAAAAGACUGAAGACUGGGUCCAUAGAUAUAGAACAUAAAGACUGAAGACUGGGUCCAUAGAUAUAGAACAUAAAGACUGAACGACUGGGUCACGUCCAUAGAUACAGAACAUAAAGACUGAACGACUGGGUCACGUCCAUAGAUAUAGAACAUAAAGACUGAACGACUGGGUCGCGUCCAUAGAUAUAGAACAUAAAGACUGAACGACUGGGUCGGACUCGCGUCUCUAGUAACCCUAGGUGUGUGUCGGGACUAUAUAUUGUGGAAGAAUGAAAUAGUAUGAAUAAAUUAAUCAAAAUAACGUUUUAAAUGAAAAUAUGUCAAUCAUUAUUGGAAUAUGUUGGUAACCCGUUGUAUAAAAGUGAUAAUGCCCUCGAAGCCGGUGUUUGGAGGAUAUAUUGGCACGGGUGUUGUUAGGCCCGAGACGCAUUAUCACUUAAGUGUAUUGUUGUGUUUGACUUCUCUAACCAUGUCUCUGUAGGUAAGAAGAUGAUCCUGUCUAUCUGUCCUGCUGUCUCCGACUGUGGUCUUGUUAUUGUUGUUGUUGACUCCAGUGUCUCUGUUCCAUACAGGUGAGAAGAUGACCCUGUCUAUCUCCGUCCUGCUGUCCCUCACUGUGUUUCUGCUGGUCAUUGUGGAGCUCAUCCCCUCCACCUCCAGUGCAGUGCCUCUCAUUGGGAAGUACAUGCUCUUCACCAUGGUCUUCGUCAUAGCCUCCAUCGUCAUCACCGUCAUCGUCAUCAACACACACCACCGCUCUCCCAGUACACACACCAUGCCCCAGUGGGUCCGCAAGGUAGGUCAACCGACCGAUCGAUCAAUAAAUCAAUCAGUCAGUCAAUCAAUCAAUCAAUCAAUCAAUCAAUCAAUCAAUCAAUCAAGUAGGUAGACUAGGUACAAUGGACAAAAUGAAUGUCAGCACAUCUCAUUUAUAAUUUAGCGAUGUCAGUACAACAUCUAGUGGUGUCCUAGGUUUCAGACCCCUUAGUGUAAUGGCUGUGACGUUGGACUGUCAGUUGAAGGGAAACAGGUCUGAGUCCUGGUCAGGCUCCCCCCAAAUUCCCUGUGUAUUCCUUUGGGCUUUGGGCUUUGGGCUUUGGGCUUUGGGGGUUUUCUCUUGCCUGCACUGCCACCUGGUGGUACUAAUUCAGUAUGUCAUGUAUUUUGUCAGGCGUUUGUGACAUUCUGCUUUAGGCCAUUUAGAGCAGUGGUUCCUAACCUUUUUCGGUUACUGUACCACCAACUGAAUUCUGCUCUGCCCGAAGUACUCCUAAAGUACCCCCUCAUGUACAUUUGACCAGUAAGCCUAUGGUCUCAUGAAUCUUCUCAGGUACCCCAUGUGGAAAGGCCAAGUGCCCCCACGGGUCCUAGUACCCCUGGUUGGGAACCACUGAUUUAGAACCCCUCAGCUCUCAGCAGCCUCUCUAGUGUGGUUCUGCUUUGAGAGACAGGAAGUAGUUAAGAGCAAUCUGUCUGUCCUAUUACUGACUUUAGCUGAAUCAUUUCAGUAAUGCCAUCCAUGUCAGGUUUGUCAGUUUAUCCAUUGAGUACUCAUGUUUUUAUGGUUGAUGUCGGUGAUCUUGAUUAUCAUGCAAAAUAUGUUAGUCCCUCAACACAAUAUUAUGUGCUUUACAGUACUUUGUGUUACUCAUGACAAUGUAUUUACAGUAAUUGAUGUACUGUACAGUACUUUUUGUUACUCUUUACAAUGUAUUUACAGUAAUUGAUGUACAGUACUUUGUGUUACACAUGACAUUUACAUCAUUUAGCAGACGCUCUUAUCCAGAGUGACUUACAGUUAGUGAGUGCAUAAAUUUUUUUUCAUACUGGUCCCCCGUGGGAAACGAACCCACAACCCUGGUGUUGCAAACGCCAUGCUCUACCAAUUGAGCUACAAGGGACUACACGGGACAUGACAAUAUAUUUACAUUAAUUGAUGUACUCUACAUGACAUUGUGUUACUCAUUACAAUGUAUUUUCCUAAAUUCCAGAUUUUCAUCGACACCAUCCCCAAUUUCAUGUUCUUCUCGACUAUGAACCGUCCGUCCAGGGACAGGCAGGAGAAGAGGAUCCUCCUGGCAGACUUUGACAUUUCCGACAUUUCGGGCAAGCCUGCCCCUGCCUCGGUCACCUUCCAGUCCCCCAUCACCAAGAACUCGGACGUCCGCAGCGCCAUUGAGGGGGUCAAGUACAUCGCAGAGACCAUGAAGUCUGAUGAAGAGUCCAACAAUGUAAGAAUAAGAGCUCAGGAAGCAUUUAUAGAACUCAUGUCUGAGUCUGUCUGUCUUUGUGCUGAGUCUGUCUGUCUUUGUGCUGAGUCUGUCUGUCUUUGUGCUGAGUCUGUCUGUCUUUGUGCUGAGUCUGUCUGUCUUUGAGCUGAGUCUGUCUGUCUUUGAGCUGAGUCUGUCUGUCUUUGUGCUGAGUCUGUCUGUCUUUUUUCUGAGUCUGUCUGUCUUUGAGCUGAGUCUGUCUGUCUUUGUGCUGAGUCUGUCUGUCUUUGUGCUGAGUCUGUCUGUCUUUUUUCUGAGUCUGUCUGUCUUUGUGCUGAGUCUGUCUGUCUUUGUGCUGAGUCUGUCUUUGUGCUGAGUCUGUCUGUCUUUGUGUCUGUCUUUCGAGCUCUUCAUGUUUUAAUGUUGUGGAGGUAAUACAAAAACAAAUUCUCUUGAAAAUGUUAAGGACUCAAUUUUGACUCAACUCUCUCUCUACUCUCUCCUCACCUCACCUCUCUCUCUCUCUCUCUCUCUCUCUCUCUCUCUCUCUCUCUCUCUCUCUCUCUCUCUCUCUCUCUCUCUCUCUCUCUCUCUCCCCUCCUCUCUCUCUCCCCUCCUCUCUCUUCCCUCCUUUCUCUCUCCCGUACUCUCUCAGGCUGCUGAGGAGUGGAAGUUUGUAGCCAUGGUCCUGGAUCACAUCUUGCUGUGUGUGUUCAUGGCUGUGUGUAUCAUCGGCACCAUGGGAGUGUUCGCUGGACGUCUCAUCGAGCUGAGCAUGCAGGGCUAAAGGAGAGGCCUACCUGGAGUCAUCCUGGUUCUCCUGCUCGCUCUGACACCUGUCUGCUGUGCCUCUACUCCAAGUCAUCUGGAAAUUACAAUCAAUUGAUUGACUGAUUGGUUGGUUGGAUUGUUGAUUGAAUGUAAUUGGCCCUGUGAGGUGUUGUUAUUGUCAGUCAGACUAUUAAGCUUCUUUUCUGCAUGGAGUUUACAGUUGGAAAUUGACGUUAAAGGCUGUCAGCUGUCUGUGACUUGAUGGAUUCUGUUUAAGGAACGAUGGUUAACCUACCUAACGAGGUGAUUUCUUUAUUUCUAACCAUCGUUCCUCAUGUGGAAGAAAGGAUGCAGAGUAUAUUGUGGUUUAACAAACUCUGCAUAACGGCUCUGAUUGCGAGCCCUCUGGCACUCUUAUGGCACUCUGCACUCUUAUGGCAGUCUGGAUGAGGGAGGUCACAUUAUGGAACUCUGGAUGAGGGAGGUCACAUUAUGGAACUCUGGAUGAGGGAGGUCACAUUAUGGAACUCUGGAUGAGGGAGGUCACAUUAUGGAACUCUGGAUGAGGGAGGGCACAUUAUGGAACUCUGGAUGAGGGAGGUCAUAUUAUGGAACUCUGGAUGAGGGAGGUCACAUUAUGGCACUGUGGAUGAGGGAGGUCACAUUAUGGCACUGUGGAUGAGGGAGGGCACAUUAUGGGACUCUGGAUGAGGGAGGUCACAUUAUGGAACUCUGGAUGAGGGAGGUCACAUUAUGGCACUGUGGAUGAGGGAGGUCACAUUAUGGGACUCUGGAUGAGGGAGGUCACAUUAUGGCACUGUGGAUGAGGGAGGGCACAUUAUGGGACUCUGGAUGAGGGAGGUCAUAUUAUGGGACUCUGGAUGAGGGAGGUCACAUUAUGGCACUGUGGAUGAGGGAGGUCACAUUAUGGAACUGUGGAUGAGGGAGGUCACAUUAUGGAACUCUGGAUGAGGGAGGUCACAUUAUGGCACUGUGGAUGAGGGAGGUCACAUUAUGGGACUCUGGAUGAGGGAGGUCACAUUAUGGAACUCUGAAUGAGGGAGGUCAUAAGGGACUGGUAAUGCAUCUCACCGUUGUUGCAUAAUCAUUAUUGACUAUCAGAAGAUCAGUUUGAAUUAGUUUCUCAAUGUUGAUUUAGAAGUGGUCCAGUCUUGUGUAUGGGCUGUGGCUUAUUCAAUAAAGAUCACAGCGCUGAGAAACGACAUGAUGUUUUAUCCUGUCCGAUCUCAGUGAUUUUUCUCCUCCUUCUGCCAAAUGUCAUCUUGGUUGUAUUUUUAGAUUUGGUUAGAUGUGGAAAAUAUAUAGUGAAUAAAAAUAAAAUCUACUUCCAGAUAUGCUUGUCUUUUUGUAUUUUUUCUACAUUGACAGGGACUGCAUACACUUUGGUUAGUAAAAUAAUUGUUCAUGUCAUCUUCUCCAUUAAAAAGAUAAACUAUGUGCUAGGUCCUCUUUCUGUUGAAUAAAUGAUUCAAUUACCUUAUUAUUUUAGAUUUUCCAAUAGUCAACACGUUUCUGUUCUGUUUUAUUCUCAUCAGUAAACUUCUUUAUACACAGCACCAGCUGUCCAUAAACUUGGACAAGUUGAACAUCUGGAAAUAUUGCAUCACUGCAAAGGCCCCGGAUUGGAGAGAGAGAAGCAUAAAAUUCUCCCGGUUGGUUUUACGAAAACAAUCUCUCGAGCGACAUGACAAAUACAACGCUCGAAGAUUUGGACAGAAACAUAAGUUAUUGUUGAAUGGCAGAUUGAUAAAACAUGAAAUUACAUUCUUGAUUGUAUGCAAAUAAUUUAAAAGUUCCGGGUACAAUGUGGAAAUCCCGAUGAAGCGGAAAUCCUGAGCUAAAGUUGUGUUUACGGCGAAGGAGUGGCUCAUACCGUCUCCAGAAGUAAGUCGAUAUUUAUGUUAUGUUGAAUUUCAGUACUAGAUAGAUUUUUUAAAGUUUUAGGCAUUAAAAUAUAAUUACGCAAAUAACUGCAUUUCAAAACAUGUUUGCAAUGGAUGGGAUGGCAGCAGCAACACCUUGAGUGUUCACAUCUGUUGCGACACCCUUGCUCAUAUAUAUAUUUUUUGAGGUCAAAUGGCAACAUGAUAGCGUUAUGUUAUGAUAUCUCUCUUUUUAUGUAUUAUUUCCAUUUGUUUUGAGUUGUUUCAGAUGACAUCAUGCAUUAUUCUCCGGUUGGUGGUUAUGUAGUCUGCAUUGCAUGGAUGCAUGAUGAAAAAAAGCCUCAAUUGAGUUAAAAAAUAAUUGAGUUAUUGCUAUACAGUAGCGUUCAUUAUGUAGCCUGUGGUCAUGGAUUUUGGGCAGCUCACACAGUCAGUCAGGAUAGCUCAUGUACACACACACACUCACACACAUACACAUACACACACUCUACCGUAGAGUGCAGUAAACCAAUAUCUGUUUAUUCCGUACCAAACAUACACUGCAGUGUUUGGUCCUGCAUGGUUUAGUGCUUUACGAUUCACAUCGCAGACAGCUUUUGGACUUUUGUGGAGUCACUCAUCACUGUAGCCAAGGAAUGUAGACUUUCCCACAGCUCUGAAAUGUCAUCUGAGGCAUUAAUUCAAUGACAUAGUACGUCCCAAAUGGCACACUAUUCCCUAUAUAGUGCACUAUGUUUGACCAGGGUCCAUAUGGUCUGGUCAAAAGUAGUGCGCUAUGUAGGGAAUAGGGUGCUGUUUGGGACUCAGCCCAUACUCCACAUUCUCCUGUCUACUGUAGUUAUGGUGUUUAAUAGAAGGGAACUAGCAAAGGUACAUCUGUCAAUGAUAAUGCACGUACAGUAAACACACACACACACUCAUUCAAACCUGGAAUCCUAAACAAAACUUUGUUGAACUGUGUUUUUAGUAUUAACAUUCCACAGUGGUAAACUGGCAAACAUUGACCAGACCUUGUGUUCUCUCGUUGCCUGAGGAACCUUGUUUAGAGUUAUGUGUUCUCUAGAGGCUGUCCCUGGUCUGUUACAGUACUGAACCUUGUUUAGAGUUUAGUCUUCCCUGUUCUGUUACAGUACUGAACCUUGUUUAGAGUUUAGUCUUCCCUGUUCUGUUACAGUACUGAACCUUGUUUAGAGUUUAGUCUUCCCUGGUCUGUUACAGUACUGAACCUUGUUUAGAGUUUAGUCUUCCCUGUUCUGUUACAGUACUGAACCUUGUUUAGAGUUUAGUCUUCCCUGGUCUGUUACAGUACUGAACCUUGUUUAGAGUUUAGUCUUCCCUGUUCUGUUACAGUACUGAACCUUGUUUAGAGUUUAGUCUUCCCUGGUCUGUUACAGUACUGAACCUUGUUUAGAGUUUAGUCUUCCAUGGUCUGUUACAGUACUGAACCUUGUUUAGAGUUUAGUCUUCCCUGUCUGUUACAGUACUGAACCUUGUUAGAGUUUAGUCUUCCCUGUUCUGUUACAGUACUGAACCUUGUUUAGAGUUUAGUCUUCCAUGGUCUGUACAGUACUGAACCUGUUUAGAGUUUAGUCUUCCCUGUCUGUUACAGUACUGAACCUUGUUUAGAGUUUAGUCUUCCCUGUUCUGUUACAGUACUGAACCUUGUUUAGAGUUUAGUCUUCCCUGGUCUGUUACAGUACUGAACCUUGUUUAGAGUUUAGUCUUCCCUGGUCUGUUACAGUACUCUCAUUCCUCACACCAGGAGGUAAGCAGCCAAACUGGGAUGAACAUUGUGGAUGGAAAGCUGGAGGGUGACUGCAUGUUUCAGAGAUCUACUGUAAAUGGCAAGAUCUUUGUCUCCAGAGCUAUAACACAGAGUUUUAAAAUGGCUUCAUGUAAUCUCUGGCUAUGAGAGUGAGCCUCUCGUCCUGCAGUAGACAGGUCUGCAGAGAAGAGAGGCAGCUUCCUUCACUUCCUGUGUAAUCAACCCAUGUGACCAACUUAGCUCAAGCACAUGGCGGUAAGGGUGUUUGUGGGCAAUAUUCAUAUUCACUUCAGCUUCCUCAUAGUCUGAACAAGGAGGCAGUGACAUUCAUACUCACAAGGCAUACUGAGUAUAGAAAACAUUAACAACAUGACAGAUUGACCAAGUGAAUCCAGCUGAAAGCUAUGAUCCCUUAUUGAUGUCACUUGUUAAAUCCACUUCAAUCAGUGUAGAUGAAGGGGAGGAGACCGGUUAAACAAGGAUUUUUAAGCCUUGAGACAAUAGAGACAUGGAUUGUGUAUGUGUGCCAUUCAGAGGUUGAAUGGCCAAGACAAAAUAUGUAAGUGUCUUUGAACAGGGUAUGGUAGUAUGUGCCAGGCGCACCGGUUUGGGUCAAGAACUGCAACGCUGCUGGGUUUUUCCACGCACAGUUUCUCGUGUGUAUCAAGAAUGGUCCACCAACCAAAGGACAUCCAGCCAACUUGACACAACUGUGGGAAGCAUUGGAGUCAACAUGGGCCAGCAUCCCCGUGGAACGCUUUCGACACCUUGUAGUCCAUGCCCUGAUGAAUUGAGGCUGUUCUGAGGGCAAAGGUGGGGUGCAGUAUUAGGAAGAUGUUCCUAAUGGUUGGUAUACUCAGUGUAGAAUACUGGUAUAGGACACAAUGCUGCUCAUUGCUGGAUGGAGAGGUAGCUGAAUAGAAUACAGUAUCUGGAGCUGAAUAGAGUACGGUAUCUGGAGCUGAAUAGAGUACGGUAUCUGGAGCUGAGUAGAGUACGGUAUCUGGAGCUGAAUAGAGUACAGUAUCUGGAGCUGAAUAGAGUACAGUAUCUGGAGCUGAAUGGAGUACGGUAUCUGGAGCUGAAUAGAGUACGGUAUCUGGAGCUGAAUAGAGGACGGUAUCUGGAGCUGAAUAGAGUACAGUAUCUGGAGCUGAAUAGAGUACAGUAUCUGGAGCUGAAUGGAGUACGGUAUCUGGAGCUGAAUAGAAUACAGUAUCUGGAGCUGAAUAGAGUACGGUAUCUGGAGCUGAAUAGAGUACAGUAUCUGGAGCUGAAUAGAAUACAGUAUCUGGAGCUGAAUAGAGUACGGUAUCUGGAGCUGAAUAGAGUACAGUAUCUGGAGCUGAAUAGAGGACUGUAUCUGGAGCUGAAUAGAGUACGGUAUCUGGAGCUGAAUAGAGUACAGUAUCCGGAGCUGAAUAGAGUACAGUAUCUGGAGCUGAAUAGAGGACGGUAUCUGGAGCUGAAUAGAGGACGGUAUCUGGAGCUGAAUAGAGUACAGUAUCUGGAGCUGAAUGGAGUACGGUAUCUGGAGCUGAAUAGAAUACAGUAUCUGGAGCUGAAUAGAGUACGGUAUCUGGAGCUGAAUAGAGUACAGUAUCUGGAGCUGAAUAGAGGACUGUAUCUGGAGCUGAAUAGAGUACGGUAUCUGGAGCUGAAUAGAGGACGGUAUCUGGAGCUGAAUAGAGUACAGUAUCUGGAGCUGAAUAGAGUACAGUAUCUGGAGCUGAAUAGAGUACAGUAUCUGGAUCUGAAUAGAGUACAGUAUCUGGAGCUGAAUAGAGUACAGUAUCUGGAGCUGAAUAGAGUACAGUAUCUGGAGCUGAAUAGAGUACAGUAUCUGGAGCUGAAUAGAGUA